UGGAGAGCGGGAAAAAGCUCGCAGGCAAGAAACUGGUUUCGGUUCGUUUAUGGCGUUCGGCUGCUCGAUCACCCUCUUCGCCAUCACAUGGUAAACGUCUUCGCGGGGCUUGUUUCGCCCAUAGUGUUCGCACACCAACGAGUCCGCCACAAAGCGGGCUUGUCUCAGUAUCAACCAUCAUCACUUCGUGGCGAGCUUUCUCACCGUUCAGUGUGUGUACCGUCCGCCAGGCCAGUUUGCUGUAGCCCCGCGCCGUGGGAAGCAGCCGAAAUCAACGACAACGACGGGUGGUCGAUCCCACCACCCCUCCAGCAGCAAGUCGCGACGAAAACCAGCAGCAGCUGCAGCCUCCGUGCAGAAGGCUCUCCGUGUCUCCGUCCUAACGGCUUGGCUACAGAUUUCACAUGCAUAAGCAAAGUGUUUAGCGCGGUUUCCACGGACACGGGGUGGCCUGCUGUUGGCAGCUCAUCUUUCUGUUGCAUCUUCCGGCAGAUGCAUCGACAGCUGACGGUGCAAAAAACGGGCCCAACUGGCCCAGUGAAGUGUUGCAGAAAGCAGCAAAGGCUUCUGAAGUGAAAUUUCUCCGCCCGAUCGAUCCGUGCCGCACAUUCUACCAUUUUGCGAUCGCAACCAAAUUACCCAACAACACAAUACACGGACCCCGGCGCGAGUGGCGCUUCAAUAGUGAUCGAUUCUUUUCGACACUGGUGGCAACAUCAGAUCACGUGCCUAGGCCGCCUUGUUGUGUACCGCCGUACUUAGUGGGUGAAGUGAAUUUCUAUUGCAUUGCCCCGCAUUGGCUGCGCAUUGGCAGCCCAACCAACAUCACCACGUAGCAACGCGUCCAUUUGUUUCACCAUCAUCAGUCAAAAAAUCGGAUCGACGGGUUGCUUCGAUCGAUCGCGUUUAUGUGUGUGUGUGUUGCGUGUUGCUAGCGUUUGCAUUUCGUGUGAGUUGUGUGGAAAGUAAAAGUGUGGGACUGUUGUCCACGCUGGAUUCGAUGGGUGUGGUGUGAGGUUAGGUGGCCAAACGCAAAAAGAAAAGGUGUUUUCGGUGUACUAUAGUGUAUGUGUGUGCGCGUUUGACAACAGCCGCUGUCGUCAGGUGCCGUGAAAGUGAAGCCCUUUUUCGGCAGAACAACACGGUGUUAGAGUGAGAGGUGAAAGAGUUUAAAAACAAAACAGCAGGAGCAGCUAGCCACAGUACACACGUAAAAGGCUUAAUUCACAUCGCAUCAAGAUGGCGCGCAGUGUUGGCCCAGGGCCCGGAUUGCCCGGGGCGGCCAGAUUAAUGGUACUCCUGUGCCUGCUGCCACUGCUGCCCCGCCCUGACCCGGCGGAAGCACACGUCGCACUGACGUUUCCGCCCGCCCGCAAGUACGAUCUGGACUUUCUGGACAAUUCACGCACGAAACCACCCUGCGGAAUGCCAAAAGGCUCACUGAAAACGUCGUUCAUCGAGGGCAGCACGUUCAACGUAUCGUGGCAUCUUGCCUAUCCGCAUCGGGGUGGCUUCCGGCUGGAGAUACUCGAUACAAAGGAGAAGCCAAUUCUGAGCCUAACGCCCAGCAGCAAGGAACGACGCUUUGUGCGUGAAGAUGCGACUGCCCAGCAGUUCCAGGUGUCGCUGCCGAGGAACUUUACCUGCCGCGACUGUACGCUGCGGUUGGUCCGGCAGGCCGACGAAUGGGGCGGUAACUAUCGCUUCUGGUCCUGUGCGGAUGUGGACAUUGUGCCGAGGCGCGAGCAUCACGAAACCUGCUCCGGACAUGGCAAGUUCAUUGCGCGCUGCAAGUGCGACAAGAAGUACUACGGCCCUAGGUGCGAGUUCUGGGACGAGUGCGUCACCAACCAGGACUGUGGCAUUCAGGGUACGUGCGUGGAUUUGGGCGGUACCUCGUUGCCGCGGCGUCAGUGCUACUGCCGGCUGGGUUGGUUUGGACCGGGAUGUAAUAAGAAAUCACCCAUCAAGUCGACGGACAUUGACUACUCCGUGUACAAGGCGAAGACACUGUCGCCGGAUCUGAACGUGUACUGGCGUGUGCUGAAAGAGCAGAAGGAGCUGGAAGUCGUCCUGAAGGUGAACGGUACAUCCUGGGUGGCGUUGGGUGUAAGGCCACGCAAACUUACUGCGGAAUGUAAAAACUUCCCCCUGAUUGCUGCCCCGGGAGCUGCUGGGUCGGAGGCUGGUGUUGCCGAACCCGAGCCAGCCAGUGAGCCAACAUCCGAGCCAGAACCCAACUCUGAACCGGAACCGGGCGCAGAACCUGGUGCAGAGCCGGGAGCGGAGCCGGGAGCAGAACCGGAACCUGGUGCAGAGCCAGGCGCUGAGCCGGAGCCCAAAUCAGAGCCAGAACCGGCAUCGGAACCUGGAGCAGAACCUAAUGCGGAACCAGAGCCCAAGAGUGAACCGGAACCAGGUGCGGAACCUACCUCAGAACCUGCCAGUGAACCUGCUUCCGAGCCAUCGUCCGAGCCAGAGCCCAAGAGUGAACCAGAACCGGCAUCGGAACCUGGAGCAGAACCUGGUGCAGAACCGGAACCCAAAUCCGAACCAGAACCCACGAGCGAACCAGAACCGGAGAGUGCCACCGAACCGACACCGGAACCGAAGGGACCGGCCAAGAAAUCCAAGCGUGCUGCCGCCACGACCCCCGCCGCCGAACCCGAACCAGAACCGAAAACCGAACCUGCUUCCGAACCGGCGGCAAAACCGAAACCAAAACCGACUGCGGCGGCGGCUGGACCGAAGCUGAAGCUUAAUUCAUACACACCUCGGCACGAUUUUAACCCGAUGGACUGUACGGACAUUGUGAUCGGUACGGCACGCGGCGAUAAUCAUCGCGUCUGGGAUUACUACACCCGUGACCGGUCCACACCGCGCAUGGACUCGUUCUGGGGCGGCAAGUCGGAUCUGACGGCGACCGGAGGGUUCGAGCGGGACGGUGUUACGACGAUCGUUUACCGCCGACCGCUCGCUGCGUCCGAGCCAACGGACCAUGAAAUCGUGGACGAUCUGAUGCACGUGAUAUGGGCGCGGGGACAGGAGCCGGGUGCUUACGUGCAUUCGCCACCGUCGGGCGUUGAGAAGGAGACGGCUUCGGUGCGCGAAUUUUAUCAGCCCGAUGAGCUGAAGUACCACGGCCAUCGUAUGCAGCGCGGCGUCACUCAGAUUAACUUCCUCGAGGAGGAAGUGCAGCGCAAGGUGGCGGUAGCGGGGACGGAUGCGGCCGGUGUUACCGCAACACCGGACGGCGCUAGUGGACAGGGUGUGAUUGUACCGGCUGGACCGGUUGGACAUGAGUUGGAUAAUGAGUGCCAUGGGUUCUACAAGUACCCGCGGACGUGCGAUCCCGAGCAGGCCAACUGUGAGUACUUCCUGAGCUGGCAGACGGUGGCACGCGGCGAAGCGGUACACUUUCAUCUCGAGACGAAGCACACGGCCACCUGGACGGGCGUUGGGUUCAGCGACGAUCAGCGCAUGUCCCAGACGGACGCCAUCAUCGGGUGGGUGGAUAAGAGCGGUCGUCCGUUCCUGAUGGACACGUGGAUCAAUGGAUAUUCGGCACCGAAGCUGGACGAUCGGCAGGAUUUGUACAACGCGUCGGGUGCCAUCCAGAACGGCCGGACGGUGCUGGACUUUACGCGAAAGCGUGUGACGGGCGAUGAGAGCGAUCUGGCGUUCGCGGAAGAUCGCUGCCUGUACAUGAUGUUCCCGAUCGAGGGUGGUGCGUUUAACCCGGUCAACAAGAAGCUGGGCAAGCACGCGUCCGUGCCAGUGGUGACGGAUACGCGCGUAUGCAUCAAAUCGUGCGCCAAGCAGUUCGAGCAGCUGCUGACCGUUGCUGCGACGCCAGCGCCCGAUCGUAUCGCUUACGGUGCCUCGAUCAAGCUGACGAAUCUGGCCGCUGGCUUCCAGGUACCGGACAGUGGCACACCGGAGCAUCGAGACCUUUCCAAAUCGGUCACUGACACGUUCAACGGAGUGUUGCGCGAGGUGCCUGGCUUUUACCGGACGGAUGUGCAAGAGUUUGAGAAGGACGCCGAUGGAAGUGUUGUAGUGAAGAUGAACAUUCUGGUCGAUAAGGAGAUGAAGAAUGGCACCAAGAACCUGUUGGCGGACGAUCCGGCGAAAUUGGAGCUGACACUGCACAACCUGAUGGUGAACAACCUUUCCUCGGGUAAGGUGGGUGCCUUCUCCGUAGAUCCCACGUAUCUGGAGUUUACCCAGCUGGAAGGACAAGCAUCGUCGCCCAAGGAAGAGUAUGAGCUAUUGCCAGCCGGUGUACGUCUCUAUCUGAUUCUGGGAUGCAUUGCCGGUUUGGUGUUCAUUGCCAUCGUUCAGGCUACUUGCACCAUCAUCAAAACACGACGCACCAAUCGAUUGAAGGAUCAGCUAAUCCCCAACUCGGCGUGGAAGGACUACUCCUCCAACACCAACUACGCGUUCGAUAACUUUGAACCAGAGUCGAAGCACCACAAGGGGCGCUCAUCGGACCGUGGCUACAGCAAUGGCAACAGUCAGCAAACCACGCUGCAGAUGUCCCACUCCCCCAACAAGUCGCAGUACUACGAGAUCGAUCGUACGGAUGGAGGCGGUAUGCCGACGCAUCGGAAUGGCAGCUCGGGCUAUCCUUACCCACCCGGACAACCACGCCACGGAUACGACCGUACCGGAGACCGUUCUUCGUACGCUGACCGCGCAUACUCACUACCCCGUCCAAUGCACCAGCAGCAGCAGCAGCAGCAGCAACAGCAGAUGCAGCAGCGGCAUCAUCAAGAGAUGCAAUCACGUCCCACCGGCGACUACUAUACGCAGGAUCGUCGUGGCAAGUCACGCAACAACGGUAGCCACUAUGCUGGCAAUGGUCAUCAGCCGCAGCAUCAGUCGUUGCAGCAGCAUCAUCAUCAGCAGCAACAGCAACAUCAACAGCAACAGCGACCCAUGCCCGAUUCCUCCGACCUUUACUUUACGCCAACGCAGCGAAAGUACUCCGGUGAGGUCGUGCGGGUAUUCGUCGACUACAACAAGGACAAGAAGUAAACCGUGCAACCGUUGCUAGUCCUUCGGAACGUUCGGAUGUCUUUUCAGACUUCCUCUGUCCUGAGUGUUUAGGGAAAACCGGGGGACGACAGUUUGUAACGCAUAAGCUGAACGUGGGCACGUGACCGGUGGUCACAACGCCGUUACCACUCAACUAUUCCAAAACGUGGCAAGGAUAUAAAAAAAAAAAACAACAACUAAAUACUCCUCAGACAUGUCUCCUCAGAAUGGGGAAUGAGCAGCGCAAUGAAGCUGCGCACAUUCAACCCACUGUAUAUAAUAUGUUUUUACCCAUUUCUUUUUUGUUUCAUUUCCAUUUUUAAAUCCCCUCACACUACUCCUCCAGCAUUGUUUGCGUUGUUUUUAAUUAAAAAAAUUAUGAGUUUUAUUUUGCGAUUGUGUGUAAAGGACAGAAGACGACGCUGCCAUGCUGCAUAUUCCCAAAGGAUUUUGCAGAGUCCAGUUUGAUGCCAGUGUCUUUUUUUUUUGGUUCGUUUUUAGCUUGAGGUCUGUUUUAUUUAGCCCGGUCUUUACACAUGCAGCAGUAGUAGAGAUACAUUAGCCAUGUGUGAAUAGGCAAAGCUAGUGUCUAAGAGUGCAACAAACAGCGGUAGAGAGCAGUAGAGAGAGAGAGAGGAUAGAUAUUUCCCACCAGAGAUGAAACCGGUGGAUCUAGUAGAGGGACGUUGUGUGUAGGAUAUGAGUUUGUAGCGAAUACCUUCGCUCUUAGCUAAUCGAACAAAGUAGAGGUAGGAAACGACAUGUGUCGACAGCAGCAGCAAGAGGACGGAACAAUAACCAGGGCGAAUCAUAAAAACACAUACACACACACAAAAACCGAUAUUUUCCCAUGCUCGAGCGCAUGGCGAACAUAAAGCAUGCAUCCACAUUUUAAUCGCUUUACUGGUUACAAUAGUAUGGUAAAAAUCAACAGAGUAAUAAUAAAAGAAACAAGAAAAACCUCUUACGAAGAAAA